AAGAGCUUUAUCGCGGACGGACGGCCGGGUGUUCGUCUUAACUAGUUCCGGGUAUCAACAGCCUGGUGGCUAACUUUAGCUUAAACGCAAUCUCCACUCCUCAGUCUAUUACAGAGUGGGUGAACAGAAAUUCGGCAACAGGAUGGACGGUGAAGAGAGAACCUACGGCGGCUGUGAAGGGCCAGACGCCAUGUAUGUGAAGUUGAUCUCUUCAGAUGGCCAUGAAUUUAUUGUGAAAAGAGAACACGCCUUGACAUCUGGCACUAUCAAAGCUAUGUUAAGCGGACCAGGUCAAUUUGCUGAGAAUGAAACCAACGAAGUGAACUUCAGGGAGAUUCCGUCUCAUGUCCUGUCCAAGGUCUGCAUGUACUUCACCUACAAGGUCCGUUACACCAACAGCUCCACAGAAAUACCUGAAUUCCCCAUCGCACCGGAGAUCGCACUGGAACUGCUCAUGGCUGCAAACUUUUUGGAUUGCUAAAGUUACAGAAAAAAAUGUAGCAGCUUAAAACAGUUUUAGAUUUUUUUUGAAUAUUUAAAUUGUUUUGCCAUUUACUUAUAUGAGACAUGCUAUGUGACCAUGUUAAACUUUUCUUUUUUUUUUUUUUUUUUUUUUUUUUUGCACCUGGCUUUCUGUCAUAGUUUUUAUUAGUAUUAAAGGAUUUCAUUUUAAUGUAAUAAAUGGAUAUGGCAGGCUGCAUCACCUGGAUUUCAUUUUAAUGUAAUAAAUGGAUAUGGCAGGCUGCAUCACCUGUCCCAGAAUGUGAUAAAUGUGCCCCCACCCCAUAAACGUUUCCUCACCUCUCCAGAUUAAUAAAGACCUGUUUGGUGAGCACA